UUUUCUAGAAAGCACAGUGUUCGCAUGUCAGUCGUCCGUGUUACAGGGCUACCUUGAGAUGGUAAUUCUUCCUGAUUACAAUCGUUUAGAAGGAGACACUUCACUUUAGUGGAAUCAAUAUGCCGAAAUCAUCACGUCCGCCUUGCUAUUUGGUUAAAUAUUCAUUACCCAACUGUCAAGGUAAAGCCACGAGGAAUUCCGCAUGAAUGUAAACAUGGCCGAGGUGAGUAGCGUACGUGACGGAGCGAACAUCCCCAUGGCGUGUCAGUUAUGCAGCUCCGACGAGCGGCUAAUGGUCUGCUCAGGGUGCAGGAGAACUUGGUAUUGUUCCAAAGAGCACCAAAAACUAGACUGGAAAUAUCACAAGAAAAACUGUAAACGAAUGAGAGAGGAGGAGGGGGAAACUAAACACAAGCAUGGCAUCACGUUAACUCCUUCAUCGUUGGAGAUUCCACGCUACAAAGGUGAUGGCAUCGCGCAAAAAAUGUCUGCCGAGGCAAUGACCCAGAACAUGAAUAAAAUGAGCCAAAGUUUACAUGAUGAUUUAAAGCUGACAGAUGAUAAACCUAUCAAGAAGAAAAUAUCGGAAGAGUUUUACACCAGUCAGUCCAGCAGCUCAGGACGUAAGGUCCUGACAGAUGAAGGGAGUUCCGAGUCGUACAUUCUUCAUUCAGCCGAGUCUGCACUAAACGAGCCCGUGUACCACAAACCCCCAGCCCAGAUCUCGUCCCACAGUCAAGAACUACGUUACACCCCCUCCGUCCGCUCUUACGAAGAUGAGCCCGUCGACAACAUGCAUGCAUACCUCAGUGUUCUAGAGUCUCGAAAUGAAAUGUUAGGAGAUUACGUUGUGAAGUGUCUCCAUACUUAUGGAAUUUGUGUUAUGGACAACUUUUUAGGAGAGACAAAAGGAUUAUCUAUUCUGGCAGAAGUCAAGACGCUUCACAAGAUGGAUAAAAUGACGAGCGGGGAACUGGUCAACCGCAGUCUUGGAUCUAAUGCACAGCGAAUCCGUGAUGAUUUGAUCACUUGGGUGGAUGGACGUGAGCCAGGCUGCUCAAACAUUCAGUUUUUAAUUUCAUCCAUGGAUGCAGUGAUUUUAAAAUGCACUAAGAAACUGAAAGACUGUACCAUAAAUGGUCGUACAAAGGCUAUGGUGGCCUGUUAUCCGGGUCCUUCCUCUGGAUAUCUCCGUCAUGUGGAUAAUCCAAACAAAGAUGGCCGAGCUAUCACCUGUAUUUAUUACCUCAACAAGGACUGGGACUCGAAGACUGAUGGAGGAACACUGCAUAUAUACCCUGAAAACGAGAGUCGUAUCGCCAGCAUCGAGCCCAACUUUGACCGACUUCUGUUUUUCUGGUCAGAUCGACGAAAUCCUCACGAAGUCAUGCCAACGACCAAAACAAGAUACGCCAUUACUGUUUGGUAUUACGAUGCUGUCGAAAGGAAACAAGCCGUGGAGAAAUUUACAGAGGGUCAGAAGCAUCCUAAGCGAUAGCAGAGAUACAUUGGAUUGUGGGUAUUUUUUUCUGUGCUAAGCAAUAUGUCAGUUGUACUCUCCAUGUUGUUUGCUUGGUGCCUUACUGUGAUGUCAUAAUACUAUGAUGUCACAUUACUGUGAUGUCAUAAUUACUUCUUCAGUCAAGUGCUCGGCUCGAUCUUUGACUUCAAAUAUUUAUUUCCAAAUCCUUGCAACAAGGUGUUUAUUUCAAGUUGUAAAUUGUACACAUGCUUUGUGUCAUUCAAAUAUUCUCCGGAAUAAAUAUAUUGAAUCAAAAAAGUGUAGCAAGCUCACAUCAACUCUUGAUUGUUGGUCAUCUCACAAGAAGACUUAUUUUUACGAAGGAAUCAUGUUAGACAGUUAAAAUCACAGUCAAGUGAUGCGUAGUUUAGACAGUUAACAUGUCUGUUGUAUCUGAUUGUUCACAAAUGAAUAGCGGACAAAAUGAUUGAUAUAUUGUGUGCUAAAUGGACAUGAAUGUAGUGAUUAUGAA